CCGGAGCGCAAGGGUUCGACUCGUUCCAAAAAUCCAAAGGGCUCCAGAACAUGUCCGCGGCUGUUCACGCCACAUUAGCAGUCAGGGCCCCCGUCAAGCCGUCGGCCCUGACCUCUCGCUUCGCCGUCGCCGCCGACGCGCGAGUUUCGCGACGAGCCCCCAUUUCGUUUUCACGACACGGGCGCCGCGGGGCCCUCCGUGCGGUGGCCGCCAUCGAAGACAACCAGGUCGUGACCAUCCACUAUGUGCUGAAGUUCGCCAGCGGUGAGGUUGCGGACGACACCCGCAAGCGUAACGCCCCCGUCAGGCUUCCAAUCGGCCAGGGCGCGCUGUUCCCAACGCUGGAGGCAGGGAUCAAGGAGAUGGCCGAAGGGGAGAAGAGGGUGUUCAACCUGGCGUGCAAGGAUGCGUACGGCGAGCGCGACGAGGGUAAGAUCCAGAAGUUCCCCGCGUCCGCCGAGGAGCUCGAGUCCGUCAAGGCCCAGGUGCAGCCGGGCAGGGUCGUUCAGUUGCCGAACGGCGGUACGGCAGUGUGCGUCGGCUUUGAGGAUGACGGCCUCAUCCUCGACCUGAACCACCCGAUGGCGGGCAAGGACCUGGAGUUCGAGAUUGAGCUUGUGGAGGUCGAGGAGGGGCCGAAGCUGUUCGGCGUGCCGGUCGUGCCCUUCGACGUAAACAAGCUCGUGAUGAAGUGAGAAGUAUGACCUGAAGUUUUACGCGUGAUGUGCCCGUAACUCGUUGCAAUGGAGCCAAAGAUGCCCCAUUUUGCUGUGUACAAGUACGCGCCUGGCCCAACAGCUCUUUUACCUAAUUCGGCACGUCGCCCCAACCCAGAUCCUGCGGCGCGCGAUGUUGCGAAGGGCCGCGAAACAGCUCGCGACAUGCGCCUUUGAUGCGGCGACAGCGCGAGGU